AUGGCGUUAGCGUUGCGUGUGUCAGUGCUCACCACAGCACCCUCGUCGAGCUGGGAAGAGAAGAGCAAAUCCACCGCCAUGCCGUCCGAGUCCACGGGAGCAGACACGCCAGCAACGCCGCUCCCCAGAAAACCCCGAAAACCAUCCGGACCCGCAGGAAUCGCGCACCGCCGAUCCCCAGCACCCAGCUCGGCCACGGCAUCGGAGCAGACCCCACCGGUGGCGACGAACAGACUCUCCGUGCACACGGAGGGCCCCUCCGCCACCGAGCCACGCAGACACCCCACGCAGGAACCACUCCGCAAGGACCACCGCCGCUCCACCGACACCGAGACCACCGCCGCGCCGCCCCCGGUGUCCGCGGGGGCCGCCAGAGACGAACCACAGGUAGGCAGCUUGGGUGGAUAUACGACAUCAUCUGUUGACAUGCCGACUGGACCAGGGCAUUGGUGA